UGGUCUACCAUUUAAGCAUCUUCGUUUAUGUACAUAAAAAUAGAACAGCUCUGUCUACUGGACACAUUUUUUCAACCGACUUCUUUGCACACAGUGUCCAUUACAUGUCCUAUGCAUCAUAUUUCGGGUGAGCGAAUAGUAUAUAAGCUGCAGAGAACGGCUGAGGGGGUCCACUGCAGUCGGCAGAUUCAUCUGAGCGAAUCCUCUCUAAACUUAGAGAUAACUUCAAGUUAAAAAUGGCAUUCGCCGGACUUCUGAGUGAUGCUGACAUUACUGCAGCCCUUGCAGCAUGCCAAGCUGCCGACUCCUUCAACCACAAGGAGUUCUUUGCCAAGGUCGGCCUGGCUGCCAAGUCUGCUGAUGACGUCAAGAAAGCCUUCGCCGUCAUUGACCAGGACAAGAGUGGCUUCAUUGAGGAGGAGGAGCUUAAACUGUUCCUGCAGAACUUCUCUGCCGGUGCCAGAGCUCUGACCGACGCUGAGACAACGACCUUCCUGAAGGCCGGUGACUCUGAUGGUGAUGGCAAGAUCGGAGUUGAUGAGUUCGCUGCCAUGAUCAAGGGUUAAAUGAACAAACUGACCAACAUCUGACUUCAACUCUCAAAAGGAACAACUUGAGCCAAGACGACUCUUUUUCUCCCUUUCCCAUUCACUCUUUCUCUCUAGUAGACUCUCUGAAACCACUUUUAUACACAUGACCUUUAACCCCCGACCAGACAACACACUGUUUCUCUCUCCCAGGCAGUGCUCACCCCAGUGCUAUCCACGAUGAGUGGGCCUGACUAAGUGUAUGGCGUGGCUGACUUGUGUCUUUCUCUCUCUCUCUCACUCUUCUGUCGUCGUUUUACUGUGUGGGAUUUGCAUGCCACGAGAUCAACAAUGAUGCACUUUUAUGGAAAACGGACGGACGAUGAGAAAACAAUAAAGGUUCUUUUUCAAUAACAAA